AUGUCCGAUUCAGAAAUACCUGAACCACAUCGUAAACGUACAAGACUAACAAAGUCUCCAGUAAUGGGUCCCACUAUGGCUUACUCUAAUACUCACAUGUCAACCCUCGCCAUCAGAAACAUCCUAAGUGACACUACAUACCCACCAACAGCCAGCUUUACAACCCCUCCAUCAAAAUCUCCACCUUCUUCUAUCUCCCCUCCACCUCAGGGUCCGGUCCUCGCGUCGUCAAUCGCAUUGGUCUCAUCUGUCAUGCAGAACCCUUCCGGAAAUACUCUAUUUUCACAGGUAUUAGAUCCAUCUAAACCAGAAACAACAAAUAUUGAUGAAGAAAAUGGCUCCCAACAAUCAAUUCCAUCCAGCUCUUCCUCUCAAAAUAAUAGUAAUAGUAACAGUAAUAAUAAUAAUAACAACAAUAACAACAAGUCAUCUUCAUCUACUCCAACAGGCGCUAAGCAAAAGGCAACACGAAACCCAAGAGCUGCAAGAGCCUGCUUCACAUGUCGCAAACAAAAAACGCGUUGCUUCCCAGCACAAACCUCUCGAUCAUGUUUUCGGUGCCUUAGUUUAGGUCUAAGCUGUAGUCUUUCAACCGAAGAACCCGAAGACAUAUUCCCUCGACCAGCUCUUCCUGAAGGCUUAAUCGCUGCAGGAAACGAGGCCAUUGAAAAGAAAUUGGAUGGAAUAAAAAUUGACGUGUCUCAAGUUUUGGAGCUCUUACGAGAUGGAUAUCGGUUAAGAGAAGAGAAAGCCGCGGCUGGAAUUUCCAGUGAAUCAACUCUUAAUUAUCUCUCAGGAGCAAAUGCAUUCAGCAACGGAAACGGAACUUUAGCAAAAAUCUCUACCGCAAACCCAGUCACUCCGUCAUUCGGCUACUGUUCUCAUUCAUACAAAACUUCGCCAUUUCAUACUUUUGGGUACAGUGUUAGAAAUGAGCUGGCCCCGCCUCCCGUGCGGCGGCUGCUAAACCCUCAAAUGGUGAAGAUCAUUGAAAAUGUCAUUACUCUGCAGCUUUUGACCCGAGCAGAAACUAUUAGAAUCCUUGAUUUGUUUCGCAACUAUUAUAACCAAUGGGUUUCGUUUCCAGCAGAUAUCAAUACUGAAACCCUGCUAGAUCUUAUGCUAACCAGAUCAUCACUAUUGUUGACUGUUUGUUGUGCCAUUGUGAUUAGAUACCAUGAACCUGAACUCAAACAGACCAUUUGGAAACCCUUGAUUUCUAAGCUGCAGAGCGAUUUGAAAUCCACAAUGCUGAUUGUUCCCCACACUAUUGAAUUUAUCCAGGCACUGGCAAUCAUGUCGAUCUAUGCCUCGUCACUUAGUGAUGAUGAAGAUGUAAUUGAUGCAUGGUUUAUCAGCAGUAUUGGUCUUCAGCACUUUAUGACAAAAGAUACACUAGGCUUGGUCAUUUCAUUUGAUGGUGGCGAAAGCCCGGUAACGGCCAUGGACGAAAUUACAGCAUACCGCGUAUGGAAUCAUUUAUGUUUGGUACACAUUGUCAACUGCAAUCUUUCAGGCCGAAUGCUGGUAUUAGAUGAAAUCAGAUUAAACCAAAGUCGACGAACAUUGGAACUCAGAGCAUGUUCUAACUUUGAUGGGCGAAUGGUUGCAGAAAUCAACCUCCAGGUACUCAUUUACAAAUUUAUUGAAUACCAACAAUCGCUAGAAGAGGUAGAAGAAGAACUUAAGCUCUGGCACAAUGACUGGGGAUAUCUUUUUGAACAACCAACAACACAAUUUGUUGAAACUGGUUACCAUUUCUGUUACUUUCUCGUCUUAUACCACUGGGGCCACAGACAAUUGUUUGCGCCUACAAUUACCCAACUCUCACCGAUUUCAGAUGAUGUUGCUCGUGUUUUUGAAUCAAUGGAUAACUCUACGCUCCGACGAAUGAUUCGCCAUGGAUUAAAGGUUCUCGAUGGAGUUUUAGUGGUCAAGGACCAUACCUAUUUUAUGGCACUUAGUGAUCAAGUUCAUUUCUUUGGCGCCCACUGUGCCGUGAUGCUUGCUCGGUUAGUAAUUACAGCCCAGAGCACCAAGCCUGAGUUUUCUUCCAGUAAUGAACUUGUCACAAUUGUAUUAAGACGGAUCUCAGCGUUGGCUGAAAUGUUUAAAAGACUGGACAAUGGCCAAAACUCUUUGGCUGCAAGAUAUGCAACUAGCAUCACGGAAACUUCACAACCACUCUUUGGCUAA